AAAGGACCCAAACAGUCUUCACCACCAAGAAAGGAAGUGGAAUAGUCCCAAAACCAAAUGACACAGAAAAGUGGCAUCAACCGUAUCUCACUUUCCAUUCUCUAUGCGUUUCUUUUCUUUUCCCAACCGAACACUCACACAUGACUGAUCACCCCACCACCCCACCUCAGCCCCGCCGCAAUCCUCCCUCUCAACCAUCAAGUUGCUCCGAUCCAGAGAUGGGUGGUUCACCUAACGUUGAUUUCCCAUCUGGGUCUCACUGAUUAUGGGUUGUUUUGAUUUCAGAUCGAUAAUGGAGGACGAAAGGUACUCUCAAGAAUUCGAUGUGGCCAUUAGAGUGGUACACUUGGCCUGUUCUCUGUGUAGGAGAGUGCAAGAAGGUUUGGUUUCUUCGAGCAGUGAUCAGGUUAAGUCCAAGGACGACGACUCACUUGUUACUGUUGCAGAUUUGAGCGUACAAGCAACAGUUAGCUGGACACUGUCAGAAUUCUUUGGUGGCCAGAAUGUUUCCAUUGUUGCUGAAGAAGAUGUCAGAACUCUGUCCAAGGCUGAUUCAGCAGAUCUAUUGGAAGCGGUGGUAUGCACUGUGAACCAAUGCUUGGCUGAAGCACCCAAGUUUGGCCUUAAAAGUCCAGACAAAGCCCUAGGGCCUCCUCAAGUUCUUGCGGCCAUCAGCCGAUGCAGCUCAACUGGGGGCCCUAAAGGAAGGCAUUGGGUCCUUGACCCUGUUGAUGGAACAUUAGGAUUUGUGCGUGGAGAUCAAUAUGCUGUGGCUUUAGCCUUGAUUGAGGAUGGGCAAGUUGCUAUUGGAGUUCUUGGGUGCCCUAAUUACCCAAUGAAGAAGGAAUGGCUAAAUUACCAUCACCAACACUAUCAAACUAUGUCAAAAAUGUCAUCAUCAACUCUUGAUUCUCGGGAAGAAGGAUGCGUGAUUUACUCAAGGAGAGGUAGUGGAGAAACAUGGAUGCAACCUUUAAUCUAUGGUGAUAAGAAGCUUGAGUGGCCAAACUUUGCAAGAGCUAUUCGCGUUUCUUCCAUUAAUGAUCCAGCACUGGCAACUUUUUGUGAACCGAUGGAGAAAUCAAAUUCAAACCACUCCUUCACUUCUGGACUUGCUGAAAGCAUUGGGCUUAGAAAGAAACCACUUCGUGUUUAUAGCAUGGUGAAAUAUGCAGCCAUAGCUCGGGGAGAUGCUGAGAUCUUUAUGAAGUUUGCAAGAGCUGGGUACAAGGAGAAAAUAUGGGAUCAUGCUGCUGGUGUUCUUAUCGUGCAAGAGGCUGGCGGUGUGGUAACUGAUGCAGGAGGGCACCCUCUGGAUUUUUCAAAAGGAUUGUUUCUAGAAGGUCUUGAUCGGGGCAUUGUUGCUUGCUCUGGGGCUGCACUGCAUGAGAAAAUUAUUGGGGCUGUUUAUGCUAGCUGGGACUCUUCUAACCUGUGAUGCUUACUUUAGUGUUUCUACGGGGCCCAAUACACUGAUGCGGAAUUAUUUUGGUACCUUUGGCAGGUUAAGAAAAUUGCAGUAACGAGUGUUUCACACAGUUGCGGGACUUUUAAUUUUGGUUUCUUCAUUGCAUCAAGCAUUGUGAUAGGCCUACUAAGUCAAUUUUUUGUGUGACUUGGCUGGUUUUGCGAAAUGGAUUGAUGUUGUGGAGCUUUCCUUGAGCAUAUAUGUAGUCGGAAAUUUCUGUCAACUAUAAUUUGUACAGGAAUACCAAGUUUUUUGUGUUUUAUUUCUUAUUGAUCCCUAAAAUGGCGAGGACAAUGGCCUGUCAAUAUAUUGCUUACUUGGUUUAGAAGUU